AUGCCAAAGUCAAAAAAGAUUUCAAAUUUGCUUAAACUAGCUCAUGUUGUAUGUUCGUCGAGUGAUCCAAUUCAUGCUCCACUUGGUUCACCUGAUGUCAUGUCUGCUACUCCUACACUAGUUGUUGAUAAUGUAUCAUCUCAAUUACCUAACCAAAUGCGACCUGCACAACAAGGAAUUGAAAGUUCUCAUGGUAGAACUAAUGUAUCAUCUCAGUUACCGAACCAAACAUCCUCACAACCUGCCGAACAAGGAGUUAGACGUUCUCAUCGUAUAACUAACGGAUCAUCUCAAUUACCUAACCAAACAUUGUCACAACAAGGAGUUAGAAGUUCUCAUUGUAGAGUUAAUGUAUCAUCUCAAUUACCUUGCCAAACAUCCUCACAACCAGGAGUUAGACGUUCUCAUCGUAGAGCUAAUGUAUCAUCUCAAUUACCUAGUCAAACACCCUCACAACUUGCACAAAAAGAAGCCGAAAGUUCUCAUUGUAGAGUUAAUGUAUCAUCUCAAUUACCUAACCAAACAUCCUCACAACCAGGAGUUAGACGUUCUCAUCGUAUAGCUAAUAUAUCAUCUCAAUUAGCUAACCAAACAUCCUCACAACCUGCACAACAAGGAGUUGGAAGUUCUCAUCGUGGAGCUAAUGUAUCAUCUCAAUUACCUAGUCAAACACCCUCACAACUUGCACAAAAAGAAGCUGAAAGUUCUCUUUGUAGAGUUAAUGUAUCAUCUCAAGUACCUUGUCAAACAUCCCCGCAGCCUGCACAACAAGAGGUUAUACGUCCUGAACGUAGAGAUGGACGAGUAUCUACUCAUUAUUGGUUUGUAGAUGCAAUAGAUGAAGAACAUGGUGUAAUUAAAAAACUGCGUUUGAAUUCUAAAGAUGUCAAGGACAUGCCGAAUGCAUUGCGUAUUAUUGUGGAUUUUGAUGAAUUUCAUUCAUCUAUUGGAGAGGCUGCUGGUUUGCUUGCUGGAGUAUGUGGUCUAAUAGCAACAAAUAGUGUCUUUUUUCCUAUAGGUUAUGAUAAGUGGUCAAAUAUGCCUGGAAGUUACUUUGAUGAACAAUGGAUAGCCUUCUUUCUGCCUCGAUUUUGUUUCAAGGUACAUGAAGAUUUAGCGAAAAGAUAUAUUGAGGCUUCGAUUGGCAAAAAGUGGAGGGAGUCUAGGAUUAAGCUUUGGAAGGCUUAUUAUCAUCCAUCUUUGAGCAAAAGUGAAAUUAUCAACAAGAAACCUAAGGAAAUUCCCCCGAAUCAUUGGGCAUUAUUUGUUGAGUAUCGCUUAAAACCAGAGACGAUGGAGCUUUGUAAGAGAAAUCAAGAAAUAAGGAAGAACCAAGCAUAUUCUCAUACAUGUGGUGCCAAGUCAUUAGCGAGGAGAAGACAUGAGCUAAGUAUUGAAACGGGUAAGACUAUUGGCCGGGGUCUAAUGUGGAAGAUGAUCCACAAAAAGAAAGAUGGAAGUUAUGUGAAUGACAAAGCUAUGGAGAUAGGGGAGAAAAUUGAUAGUCAUAUAAAUCGAAACCAUGAGGCGUCUUCUGAAACUUCUCCAAAUGAUGUUGUUGCCAAUAUAUUUGGUAGAGAACAUCCUGGCCGUGUUCGAACAAUGGGUUUGGGAGUGGUUCCUACAAUUGCUUUUAAGCACACCACCACACGACUUCGUGGUAUGGAGUUUGGUUCUUCAAGUGGUAGUAAUUCAUCGGUGGAACAGAAACUUGCGGCUGUGACUGCUCAAUUAAAAGCAGUUGUUGGCUACAUUAGUGCAAAAGAAGGUGGUACACUCCCUAAGGACUUGGCUGCCUUAUUUCCCGAUCAAACACAACAGAUUUCAGAUAUAGGAAGUGAAUAUUCAUCGUUUGACAUGAGAACAUUAUCGGAUGGAAGCAAUAUACAUCAGAAUCCUUCUAACAGCGCAUGA